CUCUUACAACAAAUAAAUGUCUCAAAACAAAGGUGUUAGCCCUCACUAUAUGUAACCAACUUAAUGUUUCUUAAAUAAAAUAUAAAAAACUCAAAGAGAUCACAAUAACAAACCCCAUUCAGCUUAACAUCACUCAGAACAUGUUUAGAAAGGCAUUGAAUAGAAUAGGAGAGAUUUCAAAUCACAUUCACCAUUAUUAAAAAGAGUUUCUAACAUUUAAUCAUAAAAAUAAUAAAAAUAAAAACAAGAUAGGCAAAACUAUCACAAACAACAUUAAUAAGGAGUCUAACAAAAUCAUUUAAAAGGUACUAAAAAUAAUUAUUUUGCUGUAAAUACAAAAAUAAAACAAAAUAAUUCAUAGGAAAAACAAAUAUCCCAAAAUCAGAGAGUCAAAAACCUUAAUAAUGUUCGAUCUAAUUAGAAAAAAUCGCCUUAACAAUAAAAUUUAUAUAAUAAAACUUAAAUAAAGUAAAUAGAUAAUGCAAAACUACAAAAAUCCCUACCUCUAAAAUAAGAAUAGCAAACACAAAAGGAUAAAUGUGACGCAAAAUCUUAAACUACAAAAUCUCCCUGCUAUGUGUAAAUUCAAAAAAAUAAAUAGAAUAAAGAUUAAGAUUUGAAGACGCCUGUAAAAUAAAAAUAAAACUUUUAAAAGAACAGUAAUGCCUAAUAAUAAACUAAUAAAUAAUAUAAAAAUACUAAUAGUAAAUAAAACGAAAUGACUAUAAAAAAGGAAUAAAAGCAUGGCUACAAAAAACAACAAAUAAAAGUAGAAUAACAAAAUUAAUAACCAAUAAAAAAUGAAUAAUCAAAUCAAUAACCAAUACAUGAAUAAUCAAAUAAGUAACCAAAUAAAAUAAAAAAUUCAGAAUAAAAACAAAUAACAGUAGAAUAACCAAAUAUAUAACCAAUAAAAAAUGAUUUAUCAAAUUAAUAAUCAAAAUAUGCAGAGGAAAUAGAUAAUGAAUCUCUAGAUAUAUAAUAGAUAAAUCAAUAAGCUUUAAAUUUAGAUAAGCAAAAUUAACAAUUACUAAAUAUAGAAUUAUUGAACAAAUCAUUAGAAACAAUUUAGAUAGCUUUCGAUUAGAAAAGACUAAAGAAAACUGUUGAAAUAAGUAAAUAAUUAAUUUAAAUGUCCUCAUAACUAAGGACUGUGGAAUAAAAUUACAGCUACUAUCUUUAGAAAUAUGAUGAUAAAUAAGGAUUAUUUUCUCACUACUCUAUAAAAUAAUUGGCAGUUAAAAAUGUUCUAAAAAAUUAUUGUUAGAGAAUACUAUAUGUGCGCGGGGAUGGAAAUUGUUUUUAUACUGCGUUUGGCUAUCAAUUUUUGCGUUUGGUAUUGAUAAAUUAUAAUGAUACUUAAUUUAAUGAAUUUUUAAAUUUUGCAAUGAAAAUUAAAUUUAAGAUUUAUUACAAAGACUUUUAGAUAGCUAAUGAUUAAUUAGAAUAAUUAUUAAUUGAAGAAUUCCUUUAUAACCUCUAAUAAAUUAGAAAAAUCGAAAAUUAGCAAUAAAGAAUAGAUGAACUGUAUUAAAAAUAUAGAGAAUUUAAUAUCUCAGAUGAUGGAAAUGGUUGUUUUUAUUUUUUAUCUACUCUAUUUUUUAGAAACCUUAGUAAUUAACUUUUAGAACAUAGUGAAAUGAAAGCGCUUGUUGAAGAUAGAGAAAAUCUACUCAUUUGGGAGACUGAGUGUAAUAAUAAUGAAAUUAUAAUUGCAACUCUAGCUCAACAAUUAAAAAUGUAUUACAUUAUACUUAUUUAGAAAUAUCAAAUUACUAUUUUUUAAUGGAGGGUAAUUUGAAUUAAGAGAAUAUGAGAAAGAUCAUAACGACGAAAUAAUAUUACUAAUUUAGCCGGGCCAUUACAAUAUAGGAUUCAAAAAUUGA